AUGCAGGUAACAAUGGGAGAGAGAAAAGGUCAGAAUUUCUAUUACCCACCGGAUUUCAAUUACAAGAAACAUAAGAAUUUGAACCAUUAUCAUGGCACUCAUGCUCUUCGUGAAAGGGCAUCCAAGAUCAAGGAAGGAAUAUUGGUAAUUCGGUUUGAAAUGCCGUUCAAUGUCUGGUGUCUGGGAUGCAAUAAUCAUGUUGGAAUGGGCGUACGAUACAAUGCAGAAAAGAAGAAGAUCGGGAUGUAUUACACGACACCUCUCUAUGAAUUCCGGAUGAAAUGUCAUCUCUGUGACAAUUAUUUUGUCAUUCGGACAGAUCCAAAGGUAUUAUUAGGUAAAAAAACGUAAUAAAAUUUUAGAAUUUUGAUUAUGAGAUGGUGGAAGGAUUACGAAGACAGGACAAACGCUUUGAUCCCUCGGACGUCGAUAACUUGGGUGCAGUUGAUAGAACUUUCCAACAGAAAUUGGCCGGAGAUGCUAUGUUUAAAGCUGAACAUCAAAAGGAUGACAAAAAGAAGGCGGAGGAUAACGAACAUCAAAUAGAGAAGUUGGAGAGGAUCAAACAGAGGGAUCGGAAUGCUUACGACAUGAACUGUGAACUCAGAAGGCAAUUUAGGUAUCAGAAAAAAAUUUUAAACGAACAAAGAGCUGCUGAUGACGAAUUAAAACAAAGGCUUUCUUUGAAUAUUGACCUAAUGCCUAGCACAAGUGAGGAUCAAAAGAUGGCCAACAGAAUCUUACGUCUCAAGGAUGUAAAGUGUAAGUUUCACGUUAAAAUGAUUAUCUGUUUAGCACAUGAUGAACAUCGAGAAGAGGAAAGACAGAAAAUCGAAAAUGAAUCCAUCUUCCGGCCAUCAGCAUCAAGGAAGGAUACAAUAAAAGGGAUCAGGUUAAAGCUUAAGCCGGUCCAGAGAGAUGCGGGAUCUAAAUUGGAUUUGAAUGGGAUCAUUAUCAAGAAAUGUAAACCGUCUCACGGUGAGAUAAAAGAAGAAAUCGUGUUGGAUGAUGAUGUUAACGGACUGGCGGAAGAGAAAGCUGCACCAGAAACCUCUCGUGCGAUCAUUGAGAAGACAGAUGAUACCUCAAUAUCUGCAUUGGUUGAUUACGAGGACAGUGAUUAA